AUGUUUUUCCCUCUUUCUGACCUUCCUCUUGAGCUGGCUCUCGAUAUUCUCCGACUGGCUGCGUCCACAAAUGUCAACCAGCAAUACCAAUCCCGGCGGCAAGUUUACCAAACCGCCACUUCUCUUGCCUAUGUUUCCUUUGGUGUACGACAAGCUGUCAUGCCACACCUCCUUCAUACCGUUAUCCUCCACGACCAAAAUUCAGUCAAUUUAUUUGUCCGCUCCAUUGAACAACAGAAAGUACUAGCCUCAGCAGCGUCUCGGCUGAGCUUGGAUUACUCUCAACACGUACGCCGCCUGUGGAGCAAUCGAUGUCACACGCCUCUUGUUCAUUGGCCUCAAGAUCGAUACACCAAUUACCACCACCUUUUCGACAUAUUUUGCAGAUCAGAAGCCCUUGGCUUCACUUUUGAUUCUAUCCAUCUAAUCUACGAAGCCCUCGGUGGCGCACAAUUUCGCCCUCACACCUUGUCGGAAUGGAAUUGCAGGCAGGUCACAUUUGCAGGACAGUACCCUCGUUGGAACACGCUUUCCUCGACUAGCGCCGGAGCUGCAUUCUUACAACGCAUCACCCACCUAACUAUCUGGGUUCCAUACGACGAUACCAUCGACCCGGCUGACAUCUCGCCCGCAGGACAUGUCCCUAACUGGAUCAAUAAGGUCCCUUUCGAACUCAUGCCCAAUCUUUUACACUUCGCCUUCUCUCUCGCCACCCCACCCGGAGCGACUGCGACGAGGAUCCUUGCAUACACCCUACCUACGUCCUCUGCGCAAAGUUCCAUCAUCUUCCGGACGUGGGCUGGGAGCAGCAACCCACUUUCCUAUGGUCGUUUCUUCAACCUCGACGUCGACCACUCUCCUCCUGAACUGAAGUGGGAAAUGGCUUUCCUUCGGAACACAAAUGACCUUAGGGUAGAAAUCGGACGAUAG